AUGGAGAACGAAUCAGCUGUCGUUCGUCUACGAAGAAAACUUAGUGAACUAUCAGAUGAAUAUUCAAAAGAAAAACAAGCUCAACCACGAAGUAAAUCUGCCAAUAGUCGAGUUCUAGCCGCAGAUCCAAACGCAAGUUUUCGUUAUCGACGGAUGCGACGAAAAGUUGAUGUUCUUCGUACACAAAUGGAUGCCGUUAUGCACGAUAAUUAUCUCUCAAAAGCUGAUAUAAAAAAUUCACAGCAAGAUAUGAUUCCAACACGUGAUGGUGUUGAUCUAAUAUUGAAAAAGAAACUAAUAAUACAUGAUGAUCAAAAUCUUGUCACAAGCGAACUUGUUCAAGUUCUAAAUAGUAAACAAACCAGAAUUAAUGAACUUGAACAACGUUUAAAACAAGCUGAACAACAAGAAUCUCAAUGGAAGACGAAAUAUGAACGAGAAUCUAAUCGUUGUGAAGUAUUACAAACGAGAAUAAUUGAACUUGAACAAGAAUUAUUAAAUAGAAAACAUCAAUCGAAAAUUCUUGGUCAAUUGAAAACCGAUGUUAAAAGAUUGCAUUCUGCUUUCGAUGCCUUAGAAGUAGAAAAUACUCAACUAAAUGUUCAACUGUCACUGGCCCGUAAUCCUCAUCUGUCAUCACAACUAGAUAAGUUUCGAAAUGAAUUAGCACAUACAUGUCAUGAAUCAUUAUGUUAA